UGUGUGUGUGUGUCUGUGAAAUCUUCUUGGAAACCAUAGUAAAUAGUAUUGUUUAAUCGAUAUGAAGAACCGUUUGUGACUAAACUGUUCUCAUUAUUAUUUGUUGUCGUUACGAACCGCGAGAAUGAUGUUGACGAAAGUAGUAAAAUGCCGAUCGAGUUGGAUUCUACACGACGAAAAUAUUGAAAAUGUGCAACACAUUAGCCUCCCUCCUGAAGUUCAACGAGAACUAGGUUGUUUAGUGGGCGAACAUGUAUUUCUCGAAUAUCCUUGGGCUUAUGUGUCACGAGAAGCUGUUUUAAGAUUUGCCAAUGUAACGGGCUCAUCGCUGGAACCAUAUCGAGAUAAGAUUGAAGUUUAUAGCGGCGAUACUUUCCUCAUAGGUUAUUCAUCAACUCGAUUGAUUGCUUGCGAUUUUGUCAUCUGCUUGACGGAAGAUGCAAAGUCAGUGAUAGCAAAAAGAAACACUGACAUUAGCAAAAGAAUCUGGAAUGAGAUUAUCCAGAAGAUCAAAAGGACUGGUAGAUCUUGGAAGUCUCUCGGAAGUGAAACGGCAUUAGAUGGAAAUGUGAUCAAAAAUACGAGAGAAUUCUUUGAGAUGCAAGUAUGCCUUCCAAUUAAGUCUUUAGGUUUGAAUCGAAACCUCCAUGACAGAUUUUCGAAGAAAUCUUGGGAUAGUUACGUAGAAUUAAUUCCAUAUGAGAGAUUCGAGAAUGUUGACAAGAAAUGUAUUUCUAGGAUGAUCCAAACACACUUUAAGCCUCGUGAAAUCCAAGUGCAAACUUAUCCCGGUUAUCCCAAGAACGCCUGGACUCAAUAUAUCUAUGAAGAUACUCUAAAGCUGGAUGUUGAUAAUAGUGAAUUUGGAGAAAAGGAAAAAGAAUCAGUCGAAGGAAAGUCGGAAGAGUUUGAAGAGAAAAGAGAAAACGAAGAGACUAAAGAGAUGUUUGAUAUCAAAGUGGAAAAGAAACCAGUAGAGAACCAAAGCUUAUUAGCACUCUUUUUGGAAGAUCACGCAAAAGUAAUGAUUGAUGCGGUAUGCUAUAAUACAGUCAUAAAUGUACACAUAGACGAUAUUGAGACGCUUGCACGGCAAGAAUUUGAAACAAUUCGGCUGCGAGAUGAGAUUACUUAUGUGGAACGAGUCUCCCUUGUUUAUUUGAAUUUGACGAUAGGAAAGGUUAUCUCCGAUGUUUCUUGGCAUCCGUGUUUCAAUGAUUAUGUGGCUAUUUCUUAUGUCACCGUACCAUUACACAAAGUCACCCAAUUUUCGUCAAAUAUCGAGUAUAACUUUGUGUCAAAAACGGAACCGACAGUAUUAUUGUGGUCUCUCACCGAUUCUCUUUGACCACGAUUGUUAUUGCGAUGCGACCAGGAAAUUUAUUGCAUCUCCUUUUGUCCAACGAACGGUGAUUUUGUAAUCGGCGGUUCCGCGUCCGGACAAGUAAUCAUUUGGAAUAUUCAUGAACAAAUAGAAAAUCAAGCAAAUGUCAAACUCGAGUUUUUUAUUCAAGAUGUUACCGUACCAAUAGCGGGAAUGUCUGAUCGAGAUCAUUCGCACGAGCUGCCAAUUCGUCAAAUACAAUGGCUUCCUAGUAAUUACAGGAUAGAACCAUCCGGAAAAUUAACGAAAUUAUCCACUUGUUCGAGUUGUCAGUUUAUGACAACUUCCGAAGACGGUACCCUUGCUAUAUGGGAUCUUUUAAGGUACUCCAUUAUCUCCCAGUUGAAGCCAAGUGAUUGCAAAAAUCUUGAUGAACUUUUUCGACCGACGUAUCGAUUGAAUGUUCGACCUCAUAACGAUCCAUUUUUCACACCUCUUUAUCUAUGUCUUUCAUCAGUCAGCGUUUUUCAAGAAGGCGAUAAGAGUCAUGAUGAAUUAGAUUUUAUGGAUAAAAAUGACACGAAGAGAUUGUGGAUUGGUACGGCGCAAGGACACUUCGCUUGCUGCACCUGGGAAAGCCAGAUGUUCGACGUGGAAACGUCCGGUGUAAACGAAUGCAAACUUUUAGAUUGCACUUCCGCGCAUGAUGGUCCCAUUGCAGUGAUUUUACGAUCACCGCAUUUUUCGGACAUUCUGCUGACGAUGGGCGGUCACGUUUUUGCUAUUUGGAAAGAUGAUUAUUUAAACUUUCCAGUGUUCAGACGAAAAUCCGAUUGCACGUAUACCGCAUGUUGCUGGAGUAAUCGUCCGGGAAUUUUUCUAAUGGGUACGAGUCUAGGCGAUCUGGAGAUUUGGGAUAUCGAAAAAAGAGCAAACAAACCGGUGCUCACGCAGACUAUAUCGAAAAAGCCGAUAACUCUCUUGUCACUUCGAGUAUUGUGUAAACAAGACUUUAAACUGAUUGGUGCUGGUGAUUGCAAUAGCGCGUUUCGUAUUUUUGAAGAACCAGCAGAGAUUAAGGAUGAUAUACUUGAAAAGGGAGAUUGGUUUGAAGAGUAUGUAUGGAGGGAAAUAAGAAGAAAAAAAAUUUUUUCUUCGUGGCAGAAAAAUUUUCUUCAAAACGACGCGACUAUUAUUACUAGAAGACAAACAAGAAUGGACGAAGAACAUAGAUUAAAACUCGAAAUGACAAGGAUAAAACUUCACAGAGAGCACGAGGAACGAUUAAAAUUGGAAGCUGAAGAGAAAAUACGCAAAAUGUCAAAAUCUAAAGAUAUUAUAUGGAAAUUGCACCAGCAAGAUACGAUGAAAAAAGUUCUUUUAGAAAAGAAGAAAUUUGUACCACAAGAAUUGGAAGAAAAAAGAUUACCGCUGAUUCGUUUAACUGAAGAAAGAAAUCUAAAAAUGAACAAAGGAAGAAACGAAAUUGCGCUUCGAGACAAGUAUUUUGAUGAUUUUGUUUCUCUCGAAUUCUCCGACUAUGAUUUGGAAAAAAAGAACCAAAACUCAAAACAAAGAUAUAAUAUGGUAGAGGACGAAAAGAUAAUUGAUAUAUAUUUGCAAAAAUUUUAUAAAAUUAGGAACGAGACACGAAAGAUAAUGGCGGAGAAAUCAAUUUCAAAAUUCGCACGCAUAAAGGCAAAAAAGGUUACAAAAAAAUUGUAAACGCAAGAAUAGAAAGCUUGAGAAAUUCUCUUGAGAAAAGUGAUUUUAAAUAUAAUAAUUUAAGUUGUAUGAAUUGAUGAGAUAAUUCGACAAAUAGCAGGAAAAUAUU